GCGGGCACUACCAAUGAAUUUAUGAGAAGAAGACGGAAAAUAACUCCGAAUCAACUUUAUGCUCGAUCGUUAACACCAAUUUUCGUUAUUCCCAUUACGGAAUUGUGUAUCGAACUCUGAGAAACUAUGAGAUAGUUGUUGCUGUUUUCCUAUCUCUUCUCUCACUCCCUCACACCGUGCUACGCAUAGUUUACCGUGUUUACCGUGUUGCCAAGCAUUCCGGUUUAUUGUGCACGCUUCACUCGUCGAUGAUAUACACCGUUCCGAAAUCCAACCACCGAUUCGCGGAUGUGUACUCUAAAAAAAUCAUCAUCGCAAAGUGUACGGUGCAUCGGUGAGCGAGUGGACGAACAGCAGAGUGGCGAGGCGACGCUGAGCACGGCCAUUAUUCGAAAUUCGGUGGGUCGCGCCACGGCAACGUUGCCACGUCUUCGCGAGCCGCGAGUAUUUCAACGUUCUGUGGACAAUUCCUGGAAGAAGAAUCAUCUCCGUGAACGAGACGCAUGUAACGCAUUUGAAAUCAUUUGCGAAAAACGAACGAUUUCUAACUUUGUGCUGUGCGCGUGUUGAAAUCAAUCGAGUCUGUGCAGUGCGCCUGAAACACGUUUCAAAAACUCUGUUAUAAUAUUAGGAGGGAAUAAAAAGUAUAAGGAAAAACUGUGUGAUCGUGAAAGAAGAGAAACGCGUAAGCUGUGUGCGUUUGUAAAAAAAAAAAAAAACUCUUGGUUAUAUUACUGCGGAGGAGUACGGCGACGUUGCCGGUGACUAGAAAAAACUAACGAAAUAUGAGCGCACGAGUGUUGAAUCCGAUGAUGAUGACGGAAAUGAGUAGGAAUCUGGGUGGAGGACGAACGGUGCCUAGCAGAGCAGCCCUAGCUCGUGUUCGAAGGGACUUAUUCGGGCCUGUUGACCAUGCCGCGGCUCGUGCAUUGGCGGAACGUGAGCUUCGCGCUCAGUCCAUGCUCGAUGCUGAACGAUGGGGCUUCGACUUUCACUUGGAGAUACCGAGAGCUAAUUCGAGGUACGAGUGGGAGCUGGUUACGCCGCAGGACGUGGUCCCAGAACCCUAUGCCCUGCGAGGUAUGCCCUACUUGAGGAAACACGCUCCAAGCACACCACGAAAGGUACGGGAUUCAUCGCCUACCACGAGAUUCCUCCGCAAAGAUUCAUCCUCUCCGUCCACACCGAUUCUUUCGAAAUCGGAGAGGACGCCGCCACAGGAGCCACGAGUGCCGCAAAUUGGAGAGAUCACCGCCAGCGAACUGUUCGACUUUGACCCGGACAAGAAAAUGUACAUCAUCGAACCCACUACCCCCGUUCUAUCGACCUCCACAACGAGGAAACAGUCCUCCAUAACCGACUUCAUGAAGAGUCGUAAACGUAGCCUAAACGGUAGCGCGAAGAGCAUGAUAGAGCCGCCAGAGAAGAUCGCCCGCAACGCGGGUCAGAUACGCAGCUAAGAGCCUUCCCAGCUUCCUCCUUCAGCCUCGCUGUCUUCCUCCGUCACGUUGGGAGAGCGCGAGUGGGACCGGAAACACGAAGCAUUUGCUGCCAGGACGAACGGGAAAGUCAGAAGCUCUCUGGCAGGAGGCGCGAGGUCCGUUGGCUGUGCCAUUCACGUAGAUUUAUCCGCCAUGAAUGUGGGCGAAAAUGGUGGGGAAAAGAAAAGAAAAAAUAAUACGGAUAUGGUGUGCGACGUUCGCGUUUUUUUCUUUCUUUUUCUUCGUUGCGUAUACAUGUAUACCUAUUUCGGUAGCCAUGCCACGGAAAAUUCACAGAGAUUUAGUAACAACAACAACGAACGGAAUUUAAGCAAUGGGGACGAACAAUAUAUCGCGAUGAACAAUGAAUUCAUAUAUUCCAUCGUUGUUGCUAUUUUCUUCUUGAUUUUUUUUUCUCUUUUUUCUUCUUUUUUUUAUAUGUCAUCAUCGUGUCGUUAUCUUCUUUUGCAGUAGGCUAGGACAAAGUAACCAUUAUAUAGAUAUAUAUAACGAGAGAGAGAGGGGGGAGAGAGAGAGAGAGAGAGAAUAGAAUGAAUGAAAGUGAGAGUGAGCAAGGAUUUCACGAAAUUAAUUAAUGUAAUAUAUUGUUCGUUUAAUUCUUAACAAAUGAAACGAGGUUGGAUGAGUGAUGAUUAUGAUGAUGAUGAUGAUGAGGUCGUUGCACACUUUAUAAGAGAGUGUAAGGAGACAAAAAAUAUAUAUAUAAAUAUUUCUUAGGAUACGCCUAGGUUUUUAGUGGUUUAAGUAAGAUUUAUGUAUUAAGUGAAAGUACAUUGCGUUUCUAUUCGAAAAACCCACGCAGAUAUAAAGGCCGACUCGAGA